GUUCUGCGGUGACACAUUGUGAAUAUAACCUAUAAAUUAUUAUAAAUUUAGAUUCGGUAAAUAAUUUAUUAAUUAAUUUACAUGAAUUUCUAAACGGAUAGUUUAUUAUAACUAUUGUUAUACAUCUAUCAUUAUUUAGUAUACUUGUUCUACUAGUUUUGAGUUUCAAACUGGAGUGAACCAAUGAACCUCAUUAUCAGUUUGUAAAUAUUAUGAUCAAUGACUAAUAAUAAUUUAUUAAAGAGCUCGUUAAAGAAAUUUACCUUUUUUAACUAACUAGUGAAUAUGACUGCUCCGUGUAUCGAUAUCAUUGAUGAUAUUGAAGAUUUAAUAUCUUCUCAAGAUAUCACUCCAAAGGAACGAUACAGUAGCAAAAAAAAAGUUACGAUACGAGCUAAACGAAAACUGGAUCAAGAAAUAGCACCAGAGCCUCAAAUUUAUUCGAGUAUAAUUCCAGGAACUCAAACUAUUUUUGUAAAGACUUGGGGAUGCACCCAUAACAGCUCAGAUAGUGAAUACAUGGCAGGUCAGCUUGCUGCCUAUGGUUACAAUUUAACAGAAGACAAAAAUCGUGCAGAUUUGUGGCUUCUAAAUUCCUGCACUGUUAAAAAUCCAGCCGAGGACCACUUCAAAAAUGAAAUAGAGGCUGGCAGAAAACUCGGAAAGCAUGUUGUGGUUGCUGGUUGUGUGCCGCAAGGUGCACCAAAAUCUGGAUUCAUCCAAGGCCUAAGCAUGAUCGGAGUCCAACAAAUCGACCGAGUCGUUGAAGUUGUCGAAGAAACCCUGAAAGGAAACACAGUUCGCUUUUUGGGUCAAAAGAAAGAAUCUGGCAAAAAAAUAGGCGGAGCCUCUCUCGAUCUUCCCAAGGUCCGACGGAAUCCUCUGAUUGAAAUAAUAGCAAUCAAUACCGGCUGUUUGAAUCAGUGCACUUAUUGUAAAACGAAACACGCGAGAGGUGAAUUAGGAAGUUAUCCUCCCGAACAAAUUGUCGAGCGAGCAAAGCAAGCUUUCGAGGAAGGUGUAUGCGAAUUAUGGUUGACUUCCGAAGACACCGGAGCCUACGGAAAGGACAUUGGCACCAGCCUCCCAGAAUUACUUUGGAAAUUGGUUGAGGUGAUUCCAGACGGUUGCAUGAUGCGAAUCGGCAUGACGAAUCCACCCUACAUCCUCGAACAUUUGGAAGAGAUAAGCAAAAUUCUAAAACAUCCGAGAGUCUACAGCUUUCUUCAUGUGCCGGUCCAAUCUGGCAGCGAUCAGGUUCUUUUAGACAUGAAAAGAGAGUACACGCGAGCUAAUUUUGAACAUGUGGUCGAAUUUUUACAAUCAAAAGUGCCAGGAGUUACAAUCGCGACUGAUAUUAUUUGUGGAUUUCCGACGGAAACGGAUCUCGAUUUUUCGUACACGAUGACGCUCUGUGAGAAGUACAAGUUCCCAAGUUUAUUCAUCAAUCAGUUUUUCCCGAGACCGGGAACACCGGCAGCCAGGAUGACGAGAAUCCCGACGCAGGACGUGAAGAAGAGGACGAAAAAGCUGUCGGACUUUUUCCAGUCUUAUGAACCCUAUGGGCACAAAGUCGGAUCCGUGCAGAAGGUUCUUGUGACUGAAACUUCCCAUGACAAAUUGCACUACGUGGGUCAUAAUAAGUUCUAUGAACAAGUUUUGGUACCUAUGAAGGAGGAAUUCAUGGGGAAAAUGGUGACUGUUGAGAUUGUUUCGGCCACGAAGCAUUCGAUGAAGGGGGAGCCACUUGAUGAGGGAGUUUCGCCUGCCUUGAAACCCAGCUUGGGGAAAGGAAUUGUUUCUGGAGUUCCGGUAGAAAUGCGACCCUCGAUUUUCAGAAUGGUGGCUGUCGUCGGAAUAUUUUUCGCGGUUUUUGCAAGAAUUUUAUGGAAGUUUUUGGCAAUAAAUUUGUAAGUUUCAAA